GCUGGGCUUCAGAAUGUCGCGCUUUUUCUUUUCUGGGCUGUUUUCCUUUUAUUCUUUUCUUUCCUUGUCUUUUCUUCAUUGUGUGAUUUAUUUUCAUUCGCUUUGUUUCCGCGGGCUCGGAUGGUAUAUUAUUGAAGCAUUGUUCUGCCUGUCCUUUGCUGCAGUCGUUCAUUCACCGUAAUAGACUCGAUUUUGGGCAUGCUUUCUCAAUAGAGUGAUUCCUAUUGUCUAAUCUAUUCUAUUGAACCAUUGUUGCUGGUCAACAAUCUUUAUUCUCUUUCUGGAUUUUGGAUAGAUACUGCCCGAGAACUGAGCUUGCUACUUCUCCUGUCGAAAACAUCCUCAGCCUUUACCACCUUCGAUAAUUACACCUUCUACAUCACAUCCGUUUACAGCCACGAACCAUGGGACGAACAAUCUUCCCCCUCCUCCCGCCAUAUGGCGCCCAAGAUCCCAACCACGGACACAUCAUCCCCCUAAACCCCGACGGCAUCACACCAUAUCUCGGUCUGAAAUCUCGUCUAUCCCAAGUAUGGCUGAACCGAUGGACCAUACUGCUCCUGCUUGUCCUGGCCCGAGUCCUCAUUGCCGUUGGCGGACUAGAGACGGACAUGGGCUCUGCCAAGCGUGAAGCAUUGUCAGCUUGCACAUCCGUGGAGUCGAUGGGAAGCGCAAUGGCGUCAAUGCCGCAUUAUUCGUCCCGGGGAAUUAACGAGCUCACGGCGUCGACCGUCGAGGCUGCGGUUCGGGGGCUUAAGUCCACAUUGAUGCUUAUGGUGACUGGGGUUGAGGAGAUAAUCCUCUUUAUCAUCAAUGUGAUGUACCAAACCUACCUGUGUCUCAUCACCAUGGCCGUCCGAGGCACCGUGGACGUCGGAGUCGGUCUACUAAAAGACGCUACGGGCUUCCUAAACUCCACCGUCAAAGAAGUCGGCCACGACAUCGCAAGCGCAGUCGACACCUUCGAAGACGGCCUGAACAAAUUCCUCGACACAGUCAACUCCGUCGCCAGCGCUUUUGGCGGCAGCGUCCCAGACCUCAACAUCUCAAGUUCCAUCGACAAGCUUGAAAAUGUUCAACUCCCAUCUUCUAUCAAUGAGGGUCUCGACAAAGUCAACAACUCUAUUCCCACCUUCUCCGAGGUGCAAAAUUUCACGGAAAACGUCCUCCGCUGGCCCUUUGAAGAAGUCAAAAAACUCAUGAACGAAUCCCUCGGAACCUACGAAUUCAACCGCUCCGUCCUCCCCAUCCCAGCAAAAGAGAAAAUGCAUUUCUGCGAUGGCAACGACGGUAUUAACUCCUUCUUCGACGGCAUCGGCGACCUAGCCACGACAGCCAAAAAGAUCUUCAUCGCCGUGCUCGUCAUACUAGCCGUCAUUUUCUGCGUCCCAGUCGCAUGGUCUGAAAUCCGCCGCUGGCGCACAAUGAAAGACCGCUCCCAGCUCGUCCGCAAAGAAGCCCACGACCCAAUGGACGUCGUCUACAUCGUCUCCCGCCCUUACACAGCAGGCGCCGGUAUCAAAGCAGCAAGCUGGUCCAGUAACAGCCGUCGGCAGACGUUAGUCCGCUGGGCCGUCGCCUAUGCAACAUCCACACCAGCUCUCUUCGUCCUCUGCCUAGGUAUCGCGGGUCUCUUCUCCUGCCUCUGCCAGUUCCUUCUCCUCCGCGCUGUGCAAAAGACUGUCCCCGAGUUGACCUCUGAAGUCGGCGACUUCGCAGGUGAAGUCGUCGACUCGCUCCAAAACACCUCAGCGUCAUGGGCCAACGACGCCAACGGCGCUAUUUUAGAUGUUAACUCAGACAUCAACAGUGACGUCUUCGGCUGGGUGAACACCAGCACAACAGCCGUAAACGAUACACUCAACACCUUCGUCGACAAAACCACGGGAGUCCUAAACGAUACCUUCGGCGACACCCUCCUCUACGAACCCAUUAUGGACGUCUACAAUUGCCUCAUCGGCCUGAAAGUCGCAGGUAUCCAAAAGGGUCUUACAUGGGUUCAUGACCACGCGCAUAUCGACUUCCCGCUCCUUCCCAAUGACACGCUCUCCCGCGGCGCACAGGAAAGUAUCGACUCAGGCGACUCGGGGGAUAGUUUCCUCAUAGACGCAGGCGACGACACAGCCGAUAAAAUCACCUCGGUGGUCGCGCGGGUUGUCAAGAAGAUCGAAGAGGGGAUUAAAACGGAAGCGAUUAUCUCCGCUGUCGUCGUGCUGAUUUGGGUGCUUAUUGCGUUGAUGGGUAUCUUCCGCGCGGUAUUCUUGUUUUUCAUGCGUGAUAAGAAUCGCGGUGAGGGUGGUGGAUUGCCGUCGUUGAGCCUGGGUUCUAAUCCGAAACCGAAUGCGGGGAUGGGACCGGGGCCGGAUGGGUUCUUUGAUGUGCCGUUGACGGCGAUGCCGAAUUUGAGUGCGAAUGGGGGUGCGAAUGGUGCCGGCACUGGGAGUAGGGAGGUUGAUCCGGUUGGUAGGGAUUAUGGUGCUGGCCAGCCCGCGCCGAGGUAUGAGGCUAGUGUGGGUGUAGGUGCGGGUGCGAAGGGGGCGUCUGCUGGGGUUGCGGUUGUGGAUGAGGAUGUGUAUCCGGAUGAGAAGCUUGAUAAGUCGUAUGGUUUGCGGUGA